CUUAUUUGGAAUACUCGAUCGGCCUUGAUGUUCACAAACAAAAGUCAAACACGCAAUAUCUGUGGCUGAACAAACACAAUGAGACUGUUAUCUUUGUACCUCAUUUCUUCAAUGCUAACGCACGAUGCACUAAACGAAGAAAUUCAAGAUGACGAAGAUGAACAUUUUCUGCAAGAGUCUGUUAAACGCUUUGGGGCCCCUCGUUCUCUAAAUUACGAAAACUCCAGCUUUCCUGGUCCAGAAAUAUCUACUAAUAAGAACCCUGUUCAAGAGAAUGUAUUCAUUUAUCAUGAGUCCGGAAGUUAUACCCUUAAAUUACCGAUAGUUACAGACAACUUCAGCUAUAACAACCACUACGAAGUAGGAGAAGCUAAGAUCAUCAACAAUGAGAAAAUUAUUGUUGUUAAAGGCCAGUUUACCAAGAAAAUUCCACGAAGAGAAGGAGGUUUCUCCCUUCGUACAGUCGGUUUUAUUAACGACGAGAGAAGUUAUCGUUUAUUUUUACUUGACGUUACGAAAAUUACAAUAAACUUCAGAAGAAGAAGAAAGAGGAUAUGUUGUGAAGAAACAAAACUGUCAUUGGGACUUUCCGACAAUUUGCGAUUUUAUAAGUUGGGGGCACAUCCAUACAAAUGACAAAUCUGACCUGUCCUGAACGACAAAAUAUAUUAUUCUUCUAUUCCAGUCCAUCAAGUACAAUAAAACAUAAUCAGCUUUUUUAAAAAUAAGUAUUUAAAAUUUGAUUUUACAAAUAUUAUUUUUUAUGAGAAUCCCUAUAAGUUGAAAGGAUAUAUACAGUGACGGCCAAAAUAAAGCAGGACACUUUUCUUUCCCUAAUGUAACUUUCAAAUUUGUAUUGACGUUUAAAUGUCAUUAUUAAUGCACACCUAUUCAAUUUAGUCCAGUUUACACAACUAAAUUUAUUGAAAAAAUCGUUUGAAGAGGUAUGCUACUUUAUUUUGGCCAACAAUGUAUGUAAUGUUAAAGUAAAUGUAAAGAAACGUGCUGCACGUGUGUUUCAAAUGAAUUUUUCUUUACAAAAUUUGCUGAUGACGUCAUUGAGAUUUUUGUAAGGACAUGUAAGUAUAUCAAUUUGGAUAGGUGUAGUAUAAUACUUAUAAUAAUAACACUAAGUAUUGUAUUCCCAACUUUUCGUGAAAAUCUAGUGAUGUAAUUAAUAAAUAAAUUUACUUAUU